CUGGUUGGGAAAACUCGUCUGAGUGUGAUAAAAUAAAUAGAAAUCAUAACACGUCCAUAUCGGACCCGGAUAGUAAAUGAGAAUCAGUAUCUUGUAAACGGCUGUUUUGUUUGCUGCGUCUAGGGGUGACACUGACAGACGUGUCCAGCUGCAGUCACCGUGAGCGCACAUCACGGGCAAUUUUGGCCCCAACAGCCAAAUCAUUCAGUGCAAGCAAAUUUUCAGGUAGUGGACUACAGGGGGGACGCGGGGCGUAGCAGCAGAAAUGUUGGCCAGCUAAAGCUACAAUUGAUGGAAAAAAGCUGCUUCGACACAAGCGGUCCAGCCGGGUGACCGUAUGCUAACGUUACUGCUUCUGUCCUAGCUAACAGGCAAUCUGCUGGUUAGUGGCCAGCUAACUUUAGCCUUGUCCGUUUCUGGCCAGGCCCCGGUUUCUGUCUCGUGUUACCUACGCUUUCUUCAAUUCAAGGGCCAUGGAUUUCCCAGGCCACUUCGAGCAGAUCUUCCAGCAGCUCAACUACCAGCGUGUCCACGGUCAGCUGUGCGACUGUGUCAUUGUGGUGGGCAGCAGACACUUCAAGGCCCAUCGAUCGGUUUUGGCGGCCUGCAGCACCCACUUCAGAGCCCUGUUUACGGUUGCAGAGGGGGAUGCUAGCAUGAACAUGAUCCAGCUGGACAGCGAGGUGGUGACAGCUGAAGCUUUUGCUGCUCUUGUCGACAUGAUGUACACCUCCACAUUGAUGCUUGGCGAGAGCAACGUCAUGGAUAUCCUCCUUGCGGCCUCACAUCUGCACCUCAACAAUGUAGUCAAGGCCUGCAAACAUUACCUGACCACGCGCACCCUGCCCAUGUCCCCAUCAUCCGACAGACCCACCCAUCACCACCCUCAACAGGAGCAGCAUAGGCACAGGCAGCAGCAGCAGCAAGUAGCAGAUUUAGCGGCGAACCCUAAUCUAGCAGCCAAUGCUAACCUUGCAGCAAACGCUGCCACGUCAAAGUUGCAGCGCUCCUUCCUCCUGCAGCAGCUGGGGCUUAGCUUGGUGAGCUCUGCCUUGGGUGGCAUAGAGGAGGACGGAGUUGGAAAUGUAGUUGGCAGGGGAGUGGUUGAGCAGAGAGCCUCCUUCCCAAUCCGUCGCUUCCACAAACGCAAGCCCUCUCUGGCCCUGGGCCUGUCAGAGGAGAGACCCAGACAGAGGCAGCGCCCCUCUGCUCCUAAUCUGGGGCUGUUAGGAGAAGGAGGCGUGAACGCAGACAGAGAGGAAGGAGCACUACUCUCCCCGGACUCCCACAAGAUGGGGGAUGAAUCCAAAUUGGACGCCGCAAUCACUGGCCUAGUAGGGGUGUCCCAGGAUGAUCCUCAGAUGCCCAGCCAGUCGGACAGUGGACAUUGUGAGAGGGAGGACUUGGGGAGAAUGCAGGGAGGGGUGAGCAAGGAGGAGGACAUGGAAGACCAGGACCAGCAGGACAAUAGAGCAGGGGUGAAGAUCAAAUCAGGGACAGAGGAGGCUGAAGAGCAGGAACAGAAGGUGGUGGUUAAACGAGAGCCCCUAAGUUCACCUGAGCCAACUGAUGAAAUCAGCGACGUCACAUCACAGGCUGAAGGUAGCGACCGGGCUGAGCCCGGAGGCCAGGAGGAGGAGGAGAAGGCGGAGCUGAGCCCAGAGAGCAGCGACCGCAGCUUCACCUCUGAACCCCAACCCAGCUCUGACUCCCUGCUGCAGCCCAGCACCCAGCUUCUCCUCAAGAGCAGCAUGGGAGGAGGCAGCGGAGUCGGAGGAGGCUUUGGGUGCAAUAAUGGACUUGGUGGCAAACCUGGUUUUAGUAUUUCCAGCUUCCUCAGCCCUAAGGAUUACGGAAGUGGCGGUACAGGGUUGGUUGCUGGAGAGGAUGACCUCCCUAACACAACAACUGGCAAUGCAGUAGCACAUCACUUCCUGCUCAGACAGGAAGCUGCCGGGCCAUCUGGCUCUGCUUCUUCUCUUCUGCAGUCAGGUCCGCUCGGUGGUGAGAGUCACAACGGUUAUGGGGACAACCUACAGGCUGAUUCUCUAUUCCUGCGCCCCCUGCAUGAUGGUUUAGGGAACUCUAGAGGAAAUGGGGGAGGUGGUAGUGGAGGACGUGAAGGAGUAGAUCCCUUUGGUUUGGACUUCCAGCGCUCUAGUCUGGGGCUUCAUUCCCUGGCAAGACCCUCACGAGGGGCAGGAGGUGCGACUGCUGCUGCUCUGGGCUAUCCAGGUUACAGACGUAUUGCUCCAAAAAUGACCACAGGCAUGGGAGGAGAAGAAGGAGUAAGUGGCGUCCUCCAGGACGCCGCCUCUUCCUCCUCAAGUCUGGCAAGUCCUCUGCUUCUAAACAAGAGCGGUGGCUAUGAGAUGAACAAUGGCAGGCCCACCUCCCUCCCCCCUCAGCUGACCCGAGCUUCAGCAGACGUCCUGUCCAAGUGCAAGAAGGCUCUGUCGGAGCACAAUGUCUUGGUGGUUGAGGGAGCUCGGAAAUACGCCUGUAAAAUCUGCUGCAAAACCUUCCUCACGCUUACCGACUGCAAGAAACACAUCCGGGUCCACACAGGAGAGAAACCCUACGCAUGUCUCAAGUGUGGAAAGCGCUUCAGCCAGUCCUCCCACCUAUACAAGCAUUCCAAGACCACCUGUCUGCGCUGGCAGAACAGUAACAUGUCCAACGCCCUGCUGUAGGACCGAGGCUACGGUGUCAAAGUAGAGUGGGCCGACAGGAUAAAUACAUUAAGAAUCAUGAUGGGCUGAAUUUCAAGUCCCAAGAAUUUUCUAAAGCAUUUGUCUAAAGUAACCAGUCCUGACCACAGACCAAAGAUGGGGAUGAUAAUGUAAUCACACUUUUUCCCACCCAGAAGAAACCUGUACCAUCCAUUCGGUAAAGAUUAUUCUGAACACAUUUCGCUUGUAAAAGGGUUAUAUGGAUGCAGGACAUGCAAAGGUUCCACAUUUAUCGCUGUGGAUUCAUCAUAGAGUACCGUACACAUACGCUGUAUAAUCCCCUGUAGAAAUAUCAUGAGUGUUAUGAGGAUUUUCCAUCAAUGUCAAUAAAUGCAGCCCAUGGACAUUGCGUAAUAUCAGGUCAGUAUACAGUUGGCUUGGCUUUUAAAGCUGCCACACUGUUCUGUUUCUGAAAGGUAUCAUGUUAGCCCUCUCGUUGUUAGGUGAAAUUUAUAUCUGUUGAGGUGAGCCCUUUAUGCUUAUUGGAGCGAGUUGGACUCAGUAAUUAUAACACUCAAUCUUAGUGUUUGCAGAUCAGAGAGCUAGCUGUGCAGCACCACACAUUAAAUAUCAUAUAUAAUAGUGUGCUUAUGUGUAGAUUUUUCAGUGCAUGUCUGUAAGACAUUUAGCACCAUCACACAUCGAACUGUUCAGUCCUUGUAAUCGUGCAUAGUGACUGUGCCUUUUUUUAAGCAAUGGCAGUCACAUAGACUGGACCAACUGAUUCAGAUUCAGUUUGGAUGCCAGAUAUGUGAUGCCUGAAGGUACUAAGAACUGUUGAUGGUCUUGUCUACUGCACAAAAAGGUAGAUAAGAGACAGUGAGACAGGCCUGGGUAAUGCUGACAUCUGUAACAUUUUGAAAAACAGGAGCUGCUAGUGUUGUUUUCAUUUUUUGUUAUGUAGUAAAAAUGUCAUGAACUGGACAAGUAAUAUAAACUUGAUUAUUUUAUUUACUAAGGUCAUUAAAUUUGAGGCCAGGACAGGAGCAACCCAAGAAACUGUUCUAAUAAUGGAUUUUCAUGCAUGUUCAAUCACUGAGUCAAGUCAAAUUGAUGUGAUAUGUUUGACCUCUAUAGUUGCAUUUCAGUCCAAGACACCUUUGAAUUACCAUCAUCAGAAGUGUUGCUGAGCUCAGUUCAAGUUGAGAAGAAGUCUGGUAGCUAGUAAGAUAAUUCACCUUGCACUGAUGGGGCCUUCACACUUCAUGUGAGUACAGGAAUAAAUUUCUGGCUUUUUAUGCAUUUAGUUUGUCAAAUACAAGUUCUGGAGAAAUGGGAAUGUUGGAAUUGGACCAGUUUGCGCUUGCCAGACAGAAUUGUGAACGUAGGAUUAAGUCACAUUUUUUCGAUGAGAACAAAAAACUUCUACAUGUACAUGACUAACUGCAGAUUUCGCCUUGCAGUCUCUUUUUGAGAAAACUAACAUUGAUAUAAUAUUGCAUUUUAAUGUAAUUUCAACACCUAGAUAACUUAACAGUAAAAUGCGCUUUAAAUGCACCUUAUUUUUUUUCAUGAUGUGCAAAGUGAUCUUUAAUUGUAUAUGAUAUGGCACGAAGUGCCUUUCCCUCCGUUUCCUGACCUUCCACACAUCAGCCAGUUUCCUUGGUCACUGCUGUUCUUGUGUGUACAGUAUGUGGUUUAUUAAAAGGGCAAUGAAGUUUUGCUGAGAGGCAGAGUCGUACAUAUUGCACGUUUGUGGUUUGUUUCAUCGUUGGAGGAGAGACAAAAGAAACUAAAUGAAGAACUAAACAUUUGCAUACAUUUGCUACUGUACUUGUUAUCAGUGCUUUAUACACAUCUCUUUAUACUGUACAUCUGAUGUUGCAUCUGUUAGAAAAGCACUCCAACAAGACAAAUCAUUCUUUUUUUUGUAACUAAUAUGUUUGCUGAAAUGUUGAGCUUUGUGAAAACGCUGAAUUGCCAUUAUCCAACUCUACCAGCUCUCCAGGGUUUCUCCUUCUUUUACACUAUCAUCAGGAUGAGUUUGCGAGCUAAGGGUUGUAGCAUUUUUGCACCCAGGUGAUUCAUAAUACUUCCACAGUUUGUGAAAUGCAAAUACAAGUGGGGCGAAUUUAAAAAACAAAACAACUCAGCUUCUGUCAUUUUUAAAUUCCAGGAGUUUUAGCUGUUUUUUAUGUAAGUAACUGUAUUUUAAUGUCUACCUGUAACUUGAUAAAUUAUGUCAUAUACUGUUUUAAAACUAUGUUUCAGUUGACGGUUUGUGUGAUAUUCAAAAAUAACACGGACGUGCUGUGAAGCGAUCUAGAUUUACAGCUCAUAAAAAAUUACAUCAUACAAUGGAUCUUUGCAUCGACUCCAUUUUGGAUGCUUGACUUCAUGCGGGUUGUAAAUACGAGCACCUUCACUGGUAGACAGUUGGUUAACUGAAGUCAGUUUCCGUGCAGUGUUGUAGAGUUCUGUUUAAUCGAACCAAAAAAAUAACACUUUAAAGACAUGUUUGCCUUUUUGUGUACUUUAUUGCUUGCUGUAUUUUGUCCCCUACACUGUCACUGAGAAACACAUGGUCAUUGCUUCCACUUCUAGUUGGCACCUUAUUGUACUGUAGAGUCAUUACACUGUUGUGUACAAAAUGGUAAUUUCAUUUGACAAAUAUGUUAAUGAUUAAUCUUGACUUUUUUACUUGAGAAGAAUAAUUGCCUUGCAGGAUGUUCUCCCUGUAAACAUAAGCUAACCCUGUAAUUCACGACUCUGGAAUCAACAGUAAAGCUUGACCACAGAAUAUAAAAAAGCUGGUGGUUAAAUCUCAAAUCUGGCGUCUGUUCCUCUGCGUUCCCUGCUCACAUUCAGCCUCCUCCACAUUCGUUAAAGCAGUAGCUGGGAUGUUGUCUCUUAAGAAAUACAGAGUUAUAGGUGAUGGAGCAAUGUAGCCUUCCAAAAAGGCUUCUGUGUCUGUUAAGGAUUAUUAUGGUGCUGUCUUCUAAAACUGUUGCUUAAACGGUUAAUGUGAAUUUCUGCAAAAUGCACUGACUGUAUUACCCCUUUAUCAAUAUGCCAAAAUGUUAAAAUAUAUAAAAGGCCUAAACUGAUUAUGAAAGUCGCUGCCUUAUGACCUCUAUUUUAAAAAGCUGGACUUUUGUUGAUAUGCGAAAUUUGAAGUAUUUCUGUGUGUUUUUUUUCUGUAUAUCUAACAUAGUGUAACCAUGAGAGGACUAAAUGUUUGUCACUUUACUGUUGAAGGCUAUGGAGAUUGUAUGGUAUGUUCAGUUAUUGUAUAGACGGAAUAAAAAAAACAUGAAAUUCA